GGAUCGCAGGAAGUCGUCUGCAGCAGCAGCAGCAUUGGCUACACUAAACAAUACCAACAAGGUUAGGUAUACAAAAGAGCCAACAUCUGCAGGAGUUCUGCGCAGAUAUGCAGCCUUUAGAAGCGGUGGCAAGUGAAGUGAAGAUCGAGAUCAUAAAACGACCUGAUCACCUGCACCAGUCUAGCACUUCGCAGAGUGCCUUCUCCACCGUUGGGAGAAGAACUGUUCUAUGAUAUCUUUCACCGUUCAUGUCGCAGUUCACCUGCUUUCAAUAGUGUUACAUGUGCUCUGAUCGCACCCGGGCCGUAUUUACACUGACAUCGAGCACGAGAUAAUCGUGUGAUCCCGAGAGGCAAUGUUGAGCAUCGUAGCCUAAAAGUAGCUCUCUCAUCGUCUCAAUAACACAAGAGGUCGGCCCAACCGACCAGCACAAGUGGCCUAGGCUUGCCUUCUCAAGUGGUACGUCAAACGAUCAGAGUGCCACUAGCACUGCAUCCUGGCGCAGCUGCCUGCAUGUGUGCGCGCCCAUGUUCACCGAUGCCAAUUGCAACCAUCUCAGUGUUUCAGACAAUGUACCGAUAGUGACCCUGUCCAUGUAAGAGAUACUGCUUGCUGUAUGCUGGAUGCUGUGACCUCGUACUGGCAGAACCGUCGUCAUCCACAGCAGAUCGUAACCUCGUCCUGUUGAAAGGAGGCAGUCAUUAUUCUCGGAUACAGAGGCUCGUGCUGUGCCUGCCUGGCCGUUCCGUACAAGCUCUGCGGCCAAGAUUCUUUUUAUAUAGACGUGCUGUGAACCAAGCCGUGCCAUAAGCAGUCCAAGACCUCUGUGCGAAGUGUGACGUUCGCAAAGAGCGUUCAGGUCCCUAACUGAGCCCAUCCAAUUCGUACACCUUGUCGAUCUCUCUUGAGAGUGGCGGCGGUAUUCGAGUGCAAGUGCCGUAUCCCAACCGUUCUGUGCAAGAUUGAGUCCGCAUCGUUCGCUUGACAGGAAGGUUCAUGACCACUAGUUUGGGCUUGCCAUCUCCCCCCUUAGCUCACGUCUACUGCACACAGGGCAACCGUCCAUCAAGCCUCUGACGAAGGAAACUCCGGGCUGAGACUGGGAAACUGACAAAGCGUAGUUUGUGUCUAAAACGCGUGCGUGGAUAUUGAGUGCUUCGUGUAGUUCGCCAGCAAUAAUGUCAUUGACCGCUUCAGCGCCCCGAUCCGGCAAGGGCUUCACUUCGGCAACGGGUGCUGGCUGCUACAUUGGCUCUGGAAGUGUGUCACCAACGUGCAUAUCAACAGCCCCAGCUGUACCAGCGCUGUUACAGCUCGACCAGACCCUGCUGGCGCAGCGGGACGCGGCCGCUAAUAAAGAGUGUGCACUCCACAGGCCGACCCAUCUCAGUCUGAGGAGGCUCACGGUGGAGAAAAACCUCGCCGUUCCAGUGAAAGCGAUAGAAAGGAAGAAGAAGUUUAGGGCCACAGGGAGAAUGGCUGGUGAUCCGGAUCAUCUUGCCUCGGACGGCCAGCAGCAGCAACAGCAGCAUCAAAUACAGACGAGAUCAGGAUGUACCAUGGCAAGAGACACAGACUGCAAUAGCACAAGUGCCUAUAGGUCUGUGAAUAGUCCGACAACGGCUAACAGUGGAGUGCUGACGGGAAAACGGCGUGUGGUAACUGCUGCUGUAGCCUGCAGCAGCGCCAGUAGCAGCGCCAGCAGCAGCAGCAGUUCAUCUAGUGACGACACCAGCAUCGAGGAUCACAGCCAUCACGAGGAGAGCGGAUUCGUCUCGGCAGCGUCUAGCGUGUGUUUGGAUGAAGACACUCCCCUCAGUGCAACCACGCGCCACCCCCCGCCCCAUCAUCGUCCCAAGCCCUCUGCCCUCAAUCUACCUGGCUGCGAAGAGCUACCAAUUCAUCAAGACCUCGUGAACGCGUCGCAUUCCGAGCCUGGAGAUAUUGAGGUGGUCGUGCUGGCGAACUAUGAACCCUGCUGCGAAGUAGAAAUCCGGGUGCAGCAGGGGCAAUACGCCACUGCUUUGUAUCAGAACGGAGCAUGGCUUUAUGUGCGCCUACCGUCGCGUAACCCCAGUGGCAAGCAGGAAGGGUAUGUCCCCAGUGAGUUCUGUAACCUAGCUCUGCUCAGUCCGGGCACGUUGGACGAGCUCAGUAACGAUUUCGACACCAUGGCAUGUGGUGAUCCGUUCUCUCCUCCUAAGCAGCUAACAGUCUUCAACAGUUUGGCCAACCAGAGCCAGCAUUUGUCCAGCACCACUGAUUCUACGCAUCCUGUAAGAUAUGACGUCGCGCAAGUUCAGCAAAAGUCCGGUCGUGUAGGUACCACUGCAACCGAAGACCUGCGGCGGCCCAAGUCGCAGAACUCCACUCUGGCAACCAGACGGGCGGUCAACAGUAGCCCGACGCACAGUCACCAUCAGUCAUCCGCGUCUUCGCGAAGGCACAGCUACACAGUGCAGUCGGACACUGAGGGCUACACCAGUCGAUCGAAAAACAUUGUGGCGGAGUUGAACGUUCGCACGCGAAAAGCUCCCGGAAGGUCAAGAGUGACGGCCGACAGUCGACCACAGUCCUCGUAUCAGAGCAGCAAGGUGGUGCAGUCGGACUACGAAACGUGGACUCGCGUGCCGUCGUCAGCAACAAAAGGCCGGACCUCCGCCGACGGAAGCCCGCGAGCCCAGAGGGCGAAGUACGAGUCGGAUGCCGAAUUCGCACCAUCAGAAAGAAAAAGGUCGAACACAAUUUCCGACAUGACGGGCCAACAACGUCCGAGCAAGCAGUCCAAGUUGGUGCAGAGGCUGCGCAACUUCCGCAGCAAGGGCAGCACACUGAAGCACUCGAGCUUGGAUGGCUUUGCCACGACAACAGGGACAGCACGAGGAGCGACAGCUGACCCUGAGUCCCCGGAGCACAACGGUUUCGAGGGACGACGUGCUCAUGCCGUACAAAAGAGAUCACCUGCGCCGAUGCUGGGUAGCCCGAAGCCGAACAAUGGCUACACAAGCGACACAGAAAUCCUGAACAGCAACUCAAAGCUGAGGAAGAGCUCCAAGCGCCGCUCGAUUUUCAGCUCCCUGCGUCGCCUGAACGGAGGUGGAAGCCAGACGGACACCGAGGAGGCCGGUGGCUCAAAACGUCGCUGGACCAGUCUGCACCGCAUGAAGAAGGAGAAGUCGAAGCAAGACGGCGAGCAUCGCAUGAUCUAUGAUGAGCCACCGAUGCGCCGACCUGCCUCCCUUCCACGCCUGUCUCAGCAGGACAACCAAUCAAACGAACACAGCAGCAACAUGAACAGUCUGCAGCGAAUGACGACCGUGUAUGUUCCCAGUGUUGCCGCGUGCAACUUCAUCGGAAAGAACCAGCUCGGGCAGGUCAGCCUCAAGGAGGGCCAGAGAGUCUUCAAAAUCGUCCCGGCCAACGACAGCAAGCCGAAGAAGUCGACAAGCAGCGGCUGGGUGCUGGUUAUGGAUCCGUGGACAAAGCGCGAAGGAAUGGUGCCGCAGUCCUGUAUCUCCAGUCUUCCCACUGCAGCACAAUCCACUGUGCUAUAAAUCAGAUGUAGCGAAUCCUUGAGAAUCCUGGGCUAUUCAUCUGUAUUCCCGAACACAGAACACUAACACAUUGACUCCAGUUCAUCAAAAUAAUAUUAUCUUGACCUAUUUCACAAUAUUUUAGGCUUUGGCCUGAGUAGAUGUUUUCACAUUCCGUAUUUCGCAGACUGACAGAUUGAUGCCUUGAAGCCUGUUGCACAGCGUGAAGCCAUGGAUUCCCACCUUACCCAUUCAUUUCGAUCACUUGAUGAUAACCGAUAUUGGAUAUCUGCCGCACCGCGUACCAUGUACGACUCUAUGCAUCAUGACUGAUUGAGACACAUUAUUCACACUGAGAUCCUGCCAACAGCUACAAUGUGACUGCCAUUUUGACAUGGCAACUUA